AUGCCAUUAGCUAAAGAACGGGUUGUAACAGUAAGGGAUGUUAAAGAUGAGGAUGAUGAAGCUGAGGAAGAAAUAAAGGACGAUUUUGAAAAAGAAGAGUUGGAAGAACAACUUUAUGCGAUAACAAUGUUUAGUGAAAAAAAAGACCUUAAAAAAAUACAUGAUAAGUUAGGGCCUGUAGCAGGUCUUAUUGCUAUGCGAGAAGAGGAAGAUCAGCCUAUCUCUGAUUUGUUCAAUUAUUACUAUGAAAAAGAAAGCUGCUCUAAUGUUAAAUAUAAUAUAGAGGAGGGAAGUUGA